UGGCUUUUCUGCUGCUAACAUGCCGAAGCGAGCGUACCCUUUUACGGAAACCUUCUCGUCCCAGUACAAAAUACACGUCGGGCAGCAUGAGUUGAAUAAUUCCAGCGUGUUGGGGAAUAAAUACAGGAAAGAAAUAUACGGUAAGUAUGUGUUCGGUGACGUUCAUUAGCUAAAGUUAGCCCCGUUCUUGUGCUAAGUUGCUAACCAAAGUAUUCAACACCUUAAUAAUUGCUCAUAGGAACAACAUUGUUACCCGUGUCACUUAAGUAGUUUUGAUCUCUUUUGACCUAAAUAAAAUGAUCAGUGUGGUUGUAGCCCAGCAGUCUAGUCAGCUCCCUCCUAGCGAAAAGACAAAGAACUUACUUUUUAAUGGUGCCAAGGCUGUGGUGGACAAAAUAUGGUCCGCCGACGAGAAGACCAACGACCCUCAGCCAACUGGACAAGAGACUGCUGAAAGCAGCCAGACUCUCUUGAGAGGACAGACGUUGAUAGGAACUGACGGAAGACUGACAAAAGCGACCAGAACACAAGGGCCGCCUCCAACUGGCUGCUGCGUGUGUCAGAAGAGCACAUUAUGCCGGACAUCUUGUUCGCAGUGCGAGCGACUUGCAUGCUCCUCCUGCAGCCGACAGUGCUCCAACUGCUCAAACAUCUGCUGUUCUGUCUGCACCGUCAUAGAUUACAGUGGCCGUUACGAUGAAGUACUCUGCUGCAGUUGUUCCACAUAAUGGAAGUCCAGGUCACAGAUGAGUUUAUGCUUGAAUAUGCAGUAUCCUCACUUAAUUAAAUACUCAAGACUGCAUUUUUUAUUACCAUAAUUGUCUUUUUUUUUCUUUCUUGUGAUCUAAAUGUGUAUAUGUAUAGAUAUUAGAAUAAACUUGAACAAUUUUAUACCA